AUCAAGCACCUAGGCAUGCAGACUGCUUCUACAAACAUUUGUGAAAGAAUGGGUCGCUGUCAGGAGCUCAGUGAAUUCAAGCUUGGUAACGUGAUAGGUUGCCACUUGUGCAAUAGGUCCAUCCGUGAAAUUUCCUUGUUACUAAAUAUUCCACGGUCAACUGUUAGUUGUAUUGUAUCAAAGUGGAAGCAAUUGGGAACAACAGCAAUGCAGCCACAAAGUGGUAGGCCACAUAAAAUGACAGAGUGGGGAUAGCACAUGCUGAAGCGCACAGUACACAGAAGUUGCCAACUGUCCGCAGAGUCAAUAGCUAAAGACCUCCAAACUGCAUGUGGCCUUCAGAUUAGCACAACAGUGUGUAGAGAGCUCCAUGGCACGGGUUUCCAUGGCCGAGCAGCUGCAUCCGAGCCUUACAUCACAAAGUGCAAUGCAAAGCGUUGGAUGCAGUGGUUUAAUGCAUGCUGCCACUGGACAGUAGAGAACAGUACUUGUCUGACUGCAUUGUGCCAAGUGUAAAGUUU